UUUAUCCAACCUAAACGAUGUCAACCCAAAUGCUCUUCCUUGCUACGCUAGUUGUCCUCUCAUCUUCCAUGCAAUCCCAUGCGGUGGAAUACACCGUGACGAACAGCGCCGGCAACACUACCGGAGGUGCCCGCUUCUCUAGUGAGAUCGGCAUUCCAUACAGCCGCAGGGCUUUGUCAGCGGCCACCCGUUUCAUAUGGAUGGUCUUCCAUCAGAAAGCCCCUGGGGAUCGUAAGAGCGUCGAAAAAGUGAGCUUGUUUAUAGAGACCAUGGAUGGCGUGGCGUACGAGAGCAAUGACGAGAUCCACGUGAGCGCCACCUACCUUGGGGGAUUCUCAGGGGACGUGAAGGGGGAGUUCACAGGGGUUCUGUACCACGAGAUGGCGCACGUUUGGCAGUGGGAUGGGGACGGGCAAGCUCCCGGGGGGCUCAUUGAGGGGAUCGCAGAUUUCGUGAGGCUCCGGUCAGGGUACGUGCCGGGCCACUGGGUGGGGCCAGGCCAGGGCGAUCGGUGGGAUCAGGGUUACGAUGUCACCGCCCGGUUUCUCGACUACUGCAAUGACCUCAGAAAUAGGUUCGUGGCCGAGCUGAACAAGAAGAUGAGGACUGGCUAUAGCGAUAACUACUUUGUUGACCUGCUAGACAAGAGCGUUGACCAGCUCUGGAAGGACUACAAGGCUAAGUACACUACCUGACUAGAGCCCAUGCACGCUCGAUUGAUGUACGUGCUUUGUAAAAAGCAUCGCCAACCUUACGAUCCUUAACUAUGGACCCUUAUUGUUACAAUUAAUGAAUAUUAAGACAUUUUGACAAG